AUGAUGGAGACAGCGAAGGGGGCACGACGGACAGACGAAAAUCGAUUGGCCGAUUCAGGUCGGAGAAGGCUCAUCGUGUCUUACCGCCACAAUCUCUACACGGAAGGUUACUGGGUUGGAGUGGUUGGGUCUUGCAAUGGGUUGCUGUGUACCACGAAUGUAGCAGGUGACGUGUUCUUGUUCAAUCUGACCACUGGAGAAUCUAAGAGAAUUCCUGGUGUGCUCGAUUUGCUAACUUUGGGGUCCGAACGGGUGAGAGUUUGUGGGUUCGGUUUCGGGUUCCAUGCCAUAACCGAUGAUUAUAGGUUGGUUGCACUUGUCAUGGGCGAUGUUCUGAAUGCCAGUGUUUAUUCUCUAAAGACAGAUUCUUGGAAACGGGUCGGAGAUUCGCGUUAUGAAUAUGAUGAUGAUGAUACCAGUUACGAUGGUCUGCUUGUCAAUGGUGCAAUCCACUGGGUUGCAAGGCAUCGAGAGGAUGGUCGGAGAGUUGUAGUGGCGUUCGAUCUAACGACUGAGCAGUUCUUUGACAUGGCUUUUCCUGAUGAAGCCGAUGAGUGCCCACACAGGGUUAGGGGAUUUCAGCUCCAUAAACUCAAUGGCAGACUCUGCAUGGUUUACAGCUGCUUCGAGAAGCAUGGUGAUUUCUGGGUGAUGAAUGAGUAUGGUGUGGCUAGCUCUUGGAUCAGAAUUCGGAUCAGCGUGAGGUACAGGGCCAUGAAGCCACUGUGUUCGGUUAGGAAUGAGGAGGAAACUCUUAUGGAACUAAAUGGACAGUUGGUGCUGUACAAUUUCCGGAAUGACGUUUCUACGUCAUUGGUCCUUAAAGAUGCUGAGAUGCCCUGCGUAAUGGCGGCCGAUACAUACAUAGAAAGCCUCAUAUCGCCAAACUCAUAUGGUAGGGCUUAGCAUGCGUAGGAGAACGAUUUCCACGGAAUAAAUGUGUAUAUGUAUAUAUUUACCUAUGCGGCCGCGAAUCUAAACAAACUGUUGAUUUUUUUUU